CUCUUGCCUGGCUCCUUGGCGCCCCGGACGAGACCAUCUACUCACCAGCUCAUCUUCCGACGGUACCCAUCACGGUUGUCCUGUUGUCCUAUCUUUCGCCACUCCCAGCACCGUAAACCCGCCAACCACGUGGCCUCAGAGACCGGCUACACAAAACACAUCUCAACUCCCGACCUCUGGCUUCGGCGGCUUGAUCCCUGUUUCAUAGACGCCAGUUCCACGACACGUCCCAUUGUCGGCAACAUCCGGACACCCGAACAGAAGACAUUCCACAAGAGCCCUUGGAGUGUGUUGAACUCUGCGCACCCACAACUCGAAGCCGACAAACUCAAAUCGGCGCCCAGUUUACACGGCAAACGAAUGUACAGUCAAGUCCGCAUGCACACAUACACACCGAUAGACACACGAGCAUAG